AUGAGCACACAGAAAGAGCCGGAUCCUAUUCUUAAGGUCUGUCGACCCAACUUGUUCCAAGUGAAUACAAACGAUACAGAAGAACUAGCACGUAUAUGGAACGUGUUCACUAAAGUCAAAGGUUCUGUGGAUGAUGGGCAUCGCUUUGAGAAUUUGGCUUGGCGGUUAUGGCACCAACAAAGCCAAAAAAAGCCGGCGACCCAACUUCGCUCGGAAACACUGAGUGCGAUGCCUAUGCACAAACCGCUGGGCGCAGCCAUGGCCAUCGGCCCGCCCUCUGAAGCGGAACUUUCGACAGAUGAAUCAGCCUUUAGUGAGGAUGGUGACGGGGACCUCAAGCAAGACGUGACGUCAGGUCAGAAAGAAAAUGAAUUUAGCCUACUCAUGCCUUCGCCUAAACGCGAACACAGGUGGGCUGAUGAGCUGGCUGAAUUGGCACGAGAUGUGCGCAUCCGUCGAUCCGAUUCGUCCCUCUCUGAUACGGCUCGUCGCGAGGACCAUGCGCUCACCGAUGACGAAGGCACAUUGGCAGGCACAAUGACGCGAGGCUCCGAAACGCCGAUUUCCACCGCGGGCAGUGCCACGCCACAUGCAGGACGAUCCAGGACGAACUCGGUGAAUGCAUCGCCUCGCGGUAGUGUGCUGAGCCCGACACGGCAAGAUGCGAUACUGCCGUUGGCAGCAACGAGCCUCAACAAAGCGACUUCGACUUCGGCUCCGCCUGUGCGAUUCGCUGUGCCGCCACCUACUGACGACGUCUCGCCCACGUCCAAGGUGCCUGCUGUGCUGCCUUCCAUACAAGCGGCGCUGCUGCCGGCCAUUGUCGAGAAGGCGGAGAAGCCAGUUGUGAAACCUACACAAACGACACAGCACAUGGGCCAAGAGCGAGAGAAUGUGCCUCACGCCCCUCGAAUGCGACGUACCAAGUCCAAUAAGAGCAGUGAGAAUCUAGGCCUGCUUCAUCGUGGAUAUCGCUCGAACAGUCGUACCAAUGUGCUGAAUAUGCUUACUAUGACAUCGUCGGACGACAUGCCGAAGAAGGAGAAGCUCAAGAAGAAAAAGAAGAGUAAAAUCAUGUUUACUGUAGGCGCCGACUCGGACGAAGAGGAGCAUGCAGAGACCAAGCCGGCGCCACCUAGACAGGCAGGUGGUGAUGAUGAUGAGUGGAGCAGCGAGGACGAAGAGGAAGAAACCAAACGACGUGAGGCGGCCCGAGCCGCGGAGCGGGAACGUAAGCGACUGGAAGAGGAAAAGGAGCGGAUGGAAAUGUUCAAGAAACGUCCUCUUCGCUCCGCCAGUAUGGCUGAUCUCACACGGAUCAAGAACCAAGUUGCUUCGCCGGACGUGGCGACCGACUUGAAUAACACUCGGGGUCUUCUUUCGUCGCUCUUCCAGCCGACCGAGGCGCCCCCGCCUCGCAAACGGCCGUCCUCCAUCCGACCUGGCCAUACGUUAACUUUUACACAGAUGCCUGAGCGGCGGCAUGUCGCAGCGCCUGGCUCGCGAAAUACCUCGACACCUGCUCACAUUCACCAAACGCGUUCGUUAUCCUCGGCAGCCGUGCUGCAUGGUCCAACGAUGAGCCGCAGCAAGAGCGUGCUGGCUAUGCCGGUCCUUAAUUUGACCUCUCUUUGCUCCUCCACGGCUGCAGGUCGAGUCUCUGACGUCCCGGCCUUAUCCACGUCGUCGCGCGAGCCUGUGCCGUCUGUGACUAGUGCAGAGACUACAGACAUGGCGUCCACGCAGCAGGCGCCGCAGCCGACGGCGCCUCUCGCGCCUCAUGCACGACCUCCGCUGCCGUCACGCACCAAGAGUUUCACGGCCCUCGCUCGGUUGUCGGCCAUUGCGCAUGGCAAGCCCUUGGAGACGGAGCACCGUAAGCAUGCGGCGCUGGGCCCCUCGGUCAGUGCGCUUAGCCCGGCGGUGGCCACGCAAACGGAGACGCCUUCGGUGAGCAGCGAAGAGGAUGCGGACGAUGAAGGGCCUUCGCUGGGUGUGCGGCCGUCUGACGACGGCGUGCGCAUUGAGCGUGUGCCGCAGCCGAACGAGGACGAGGAGGAUGGCAAAGCGCACUCGUUCCUUUCGCCUCCUACGGCGAUGGCGAGUAGUGCUGGACGUGUGCCGAUGCCGUUGCCGUCGCCCCAUACCACGCGGCAGAAUAUGCUGCGGGACGAACUCUCAGAGAGUCUUCGUCAAAACCUGCUAUGGGAGCGCCAAUCGCGCGCUCGUAUUCUAGGUCUCGGCGCCCCAGUGCCAACGCAUGGUACGCCCAAUGCGGACGCAGGCCGUCAUACGACGUCAGACGGUCAUGUACGUACACAAAACGACGAACAAUCCUUCCACCAUAAGGGGUGGUAA